GCAGAAUUCACUCAGAUUCUUUUGCGGUAGACUGAAGGCAGCAGUGAAAUCACACAGCACCAGAGCACAAAUCACCGGCUCUCCUCACUAUGUGGCAGAAAACGAACCGGCACUGAAAGAAGACGACAGACCAGACGGAGGUGACCAAAUCGUAGAGUCCCCUAACGUUACCUGGACAAUUAAACGGGUGGCUCUUCAAAUUUAUGAGUCCUGGUUCUGUAGAGGUCUUCUGAGAGGCAAACCGAAAGGAUCCGCAACGAAAGGCAAGAAAUCAUGGUCCCAGAAUUCUGUGCGUCACUCUGGUGAGUGUGGGCCGUCAGAGGGCAGAAGACAUGUUGGGACGGAGGGCCGGGCAUCGCACUGAAGCUUGCUGUAGUAACCAUGGAAACGGUGUGGAGGAGUUUAGCCUGUGUUGGCAUCAUUGCCAUGGUUGCCAGUGGAGUGGCAGAGAGUUUGAGUGAUGAGGAGUUUGCUCAGUCUCAAGCUGAGUUUCUGUCCACUUUGGGCCAAUAUGAGAUUGCCAUUCCAGUGCGAGUGGGACCAGAUGGGGAACCGAUGUCAAAAGACCAGACCUCUCAUGAACACGGCCGACAUCGGCGAAGCGCAGAAGAUACACAGAAGAUCUACUAUCAGCUGUCAACGCCGAGCGCUGACCUCCUCCUCAACCUCACACUACAGGGAGGACUGCUCUCACGGGAGUUCCGCGUGGAAUACUGGAAAAAAGGCCAUGUGGCCUGGAGCCAUCCAUACCUGCCCAACUGCCACUACGUGGGUCACCUGCAGCACCAGCCUCACUCGAGUUCUGUGGCUCUUAGCAACUGUAACGGCCUUCAAGGAGUGAUUGUGGCUGGUGGCGAGGAAUACCUUAUCGAACCUCUGGUUUCUGCUAAAAACUUUACCAAUGAGGACGGCAGCGAAGGACGCCCUCAUGUGGUGUACAAACGGUCAUCUCUGAGGUACCAGAACAUGGACCAGUCCUGUGGAAUCAUUGAUGAGAAGCCCGGUAAGAUCUAUGGAUGGUGGCAAAGACCAAUAAAGCCGUCACCCAAUCAGAUGGGGCGAGGCCAGUUACCACUGAAGCGUUCGGUCAGCCGAGAGCGCUACGUUGAAACCCUGGUGGUUGCCGACAAGAUGAUGGUCAGCUAUCACGGCCGCCGUGAUAUUGAGCAGUACAUUCUGGCUGUUAUGAAUAUUGUUGCCAAACUGUUCCAGGAUUCUAGCCUGGGGAACGCAGUGAACAUCGUUGUGACCAGACUUAUUUUACUUAUGGAAGACCAGCCCACACUAGAGGUAACCCAUCACGCAGGGAAAUCUUUAGACAAUUUCUGCAAGUGGCAAAAAUCCAUCUUGCACCGGAACGGCCAUGGCAAUGCCAUUCCCGACAAUGGAAUCGCUCACCACGAUACAGCAGUUCUCAUUACUAGAUAUGACAUCUGCAUAUACAAGAACAAACCUUGUGGAACUCUUGGUCUGGCACCUGUUGGCGGUAUGUGUGAACCGGAGAGAAGUUGCAGCAUCAACGAAGACAUUGGUCUGGCCACUGCUUUCACCAUUGCACAUGAAAUUGGACACACAUUCGGAAUGAAUCAUGAUGGUGUUGGCAAUGCUUGUGGGGUGCGCAGUCAGGAGACCGCAAAACUCAUGGCCGCCCACAUCACAAUGAAGACCAACCCCUUCGUCUGGUCUGCCUGCAGCCGUGAUUACAUCACCAACUUCCUCGACUCUGGAAUGGGUUCCUGCCUGAACAAUGUGCCUGCCAAGCAGGAGUUUUUGUACCCCACCACAGCACCUGGCCAAGUUUAUGACGCUGAUGAGCAGUGCCGCUUCCAGUAUGGAGUGAAGUCUCGUCAGUGUAAAUACGGGGAAGUGUGCAGUGAGCUGUGGUGCAUGAGUAAAGGGAAUCGCUGCAUCACCAGUAGCAUUCCAGCAGCCGAGGGCACCAUCUGUCAGACCAGCACUAUUGAAAAAGGGUGGUGCUAUAAGAGAGUAUGUGUGCCAUAUGGAACUCGUCCUGAAGGUGUGGAUGGCGGGUGGGGCCACUGGUCUCCAUGGGAGGAGUGUAGUCGCACCUGCGGGGGCGGAGUCUCAUCCUCCAUUCGCCAUUGUGACAGCCCUAGGCCAACGGUUGGGGGAAAGUAUUGUCUGGGAGAGAGGAAGCGUUUCAGAUCCUGCAACAUUGAUGAGUGCUCGGCCGGAUCCCAGGACUUUCGAGAGAUUCAGUGCUCCGAUUUUGACAGCGUUCCUUUUCGGGGAAAAUAUUACACAUGGAAACCAUACCGAGGGGGUGGGGUGAAGUCAUGCUCGCUGAACUGCCUGGCAGAGGGCUAUAACUUCUACACUGAGCGCGCUCCAGCUGUGGUGGACGGUACGCCCUGCAGAGACGACUCUCUGGACGUGUGUGUUAAUGGAGAGUGUAAGCACGUGGGCUGUGACCGGAUCCUUGGCUCGGAUGUUCGGGAAGAUCGAUGUCGCGUUUGUGGAGGAGACGGGAGCAGCUGUGAGGUCAUCGAGGGGGUGUUCAAUGACUCCUUGUCAGAAGGAGGUUAUGAAGAAGUGGUCAGAAUUCCCAAAGGAUCUGUGUUUAUACACAUCCAGGAGCUCAACAUUUCUCUCAAUUACUUGGUGUUGAAGAGCAAAGGGGAUCAGUACUUUAUCAACGGCAAGCUGACCAUCGACACGCCACGCCGCUUUGACAUCGCAGGGACCACCUUCUACUACCGCCGUCCCACCAAUGAACCGGAGACCCUGGAAGCACUUGGGCCCACAAACAUGACCCUGAUUGUUAUGGUCUUGGUCCGUGAGGAGAAUCCCGGCAUUCAUUACCGUUUUAACCCACCCGUCAACAGAGAUCUACUGAGCGGUUACGCCUGGCAUUAUACAUCCUGGUCUCACUGCUCUGUGCUGUGUGCAGGAGGAGUUCACGUGCAGCAAGUGGUGUGCAAAAAACAAGCUGAUCUCUCUGUUGUUUACAACCACUUCUGUGACAAGAAGAACAAGCCCAAAGACAAGAAAAGGAUGUGCAACAUGGAGCCCUGCCCUCCAACGUGGAGGACCGGGGAGUGGUCAGAAUGCAGCCGGAGCUGUAACGGAGGACUGCGCACACGGGAGGUCCUGUGUGAGAGGAAGAUCUCGGCCUCAGAACAGAAAGUCCUGGAUGACUCGGUCUGCGCCACCCCACGUCCUUCCAUGACUGAGCCCUGUCACAACCACACCUGCCCCCCAGAGUGGCACGCGCUGAAUUGGUCUGAGUGCACUCCUAACUGUGGUCCAGGUUACCGGUACAGGGUGAUUGUAUGUAAGAGUGGAGAAAAUGGAGAAACACUGCCAGAGGCAGAGUGCCCAAAACAAAGCCGCCCGACCACUAGGGUGCGCUGUAACAUACAGCGCUGCCCCCCGCCUCAGUGGGUCACGGGACCCUGGGGAGAGUGCUCGGCUAAGUGCGCGAUGGGUCAAGAAAUGCGCUCAGUGCAGUGUCUGACACACACCAGCCAACCGUCCAAUGAAUGCCCAGAAUCACUACGGCCUGCAUACAUGCAGCAGUGCAAGAGCAAUUGUGAAUACAGUGGCCCUACAGAUAACCCUGAAGAGUGUAAAGAUGUGAACACAGUGGCGUACUGCCCCCUGGUGCUCAGGUUCAAGUUUUGCAGCCGCCCAUACUUCAGACAGAUGUGCUGCAAAACCUGCCAAGGACACUGACCUCUCUCUCUCUCUCUCCCCCCCACCUCUUCCUUCGUGCGUGGCCAAACCGCCCAUUCUCAGCAUUCCACUGGAGGAGUGUUGUUAACCACUGACUGACUGACAUCAUUGUAGUAGAGAGUGUGGAAGAAAUCAGAACGUAAGAGAGAGACUUGCUGCUCUCCGUCUCGCUCUCAGACCAGCUGCUUUGGGCCUGCUGCUGUGAAAACCCGUCUGUCCGAAAGACCUGUCAGGGUUUCGUUUGCUAGCAACGUGGUGCUUUCGCCAAUAACCUGGUGUACAGAAACGUGUUUGUGACAUAGUUCUUGUAAUGUGAUAAAGGAAACUGUUUCUCAACGUUAUUUUCUUAAGGGCCGUUCACACUGACACAAAAAGUGACAUGUUGACCAGCAUUGCAGGCGUCAGUAUUGUGACUGGAAGAUGUCUGUGUGAGCAGCUAUUAAGAUAACAAACAGUAUCACUCAGAUCAUUUGAUCGUUUAGAUCUCAUAAGCUCUCAUUCGCCUGUUGGGUUGGUGCUAAGAUACUGUAUCUUUAAAUCUGAUGGCCUCACGACUGUUUGCAGACAACGUGCCGUUAUCUUAUCUUCUGGACUUGUAAUGCUUUCACUAAUAAUCAUGAGGUAAGUGCAUCCGUCAAACAUUUGAAGUGUUAAGGGAUCAGAGAGAUUGAGAUGUAAGGGCUGUUUUAGCUAACAUGCACAUUGAUGAAAGCUGAAGCGGCCGGUGAUAUUUUAGUUCAGUUGCUUUUACUCAACUUUGCUCUGUUCCUCAUUGAAAGGCUUAGAAAGAAAUUCCAAUGAGCAGAUGUUCUUUUUUGGGGGAUUCUGGGUCAUGAUGUAACCCGUCAUAUGGUGUUUUAUAUAUAUCAAAAGUUACCUUAAACCCAGGUUCCAACCCACAGUUUCCUGCUCUACCCAAUAGGCCACUCUGCCUAUGAUCAUAUAGCUUGUAAUUAGUUUUCAUGCUUUUAGGUUUCCUCUAGUUGUUUACAAAAACCUAAUAGACUUAAAAGAUUUGAGAAUCCAAAACUUUUCGCUCAAAUUUGUCACUAAAUCAUCCGUCUCAAGUUGUUAGGACUGUUUAGAGUUCUAACAGAUGUUCUCUCUGUCUUGGAUCCUGGCAGCGCUUGUCAAAUGUUUGAUUGAAAGAGCAGAUGGCCUCUAUUUCACGCUGGUGGCUUAUCUGUGGUGCUAUAGUACGGUGCUAUGUUUUUAUUGGUCAUAAUCUCAAGAUUUAUGUAUUUUUUAUCGUAGGGAUUGCUGUGCUUAAAUACAUUUGCUAAAAAAAUUAUUAGCAAGAUUCUAUGAAAACUAGAAUUAUCGUUGAAGUCUCUCUAUAGAGGCGCUAAAUGCAUAAUCAGAUUUUGGUACAGUUAUUACAGUGUGUCAAAGACGAACAUGUUUUGCUUUUGAAAAUAAGCUUUUUUAAUAUUUUGCUGUGUUUAUACAUUUGCAGAAACUGUAGAUUUACAUUGGAGAACAUUGGUUUUCACAUGCUAUUCAGUAAUAUGCUGUUCUGUAUUGUUUCGAUGUAGUUUGUGUCUUCUAAACUGUAAGUAGACGAGUUUAAUUUGAAAUACUGAAAUAAAAAAUGCAUUGUGUACAAUUUA